GGAGGCGCAGAAGUAAGCCCGCUCAGACGUCGUCAUGGCCCCCGAAGCUGUACCUCUCGUGGUCGUUCCUGAAGCCCACCCCAGGAAGCUCGUCAAGGAGGUCGUUAGCAUCCCUCUGGUCUCGUCCGUCACUCAGAAGGUCUCCACCACCCACGAGAAGCUCUGUAGUUCGGUGCCGCUCUACGACUGGCUGACGGCAACCGCGCUGCUGACGACCAAGGUGGUGGCUUCGAAGGCAGAGGAGUACACGGUGGUCAAGACGUCAGUUCUCAGAGCGGAGGAACUGGGCCUCCAUGUGGUAGAUAACUUGAAGAAAAGUUAUCCGGUUAUUGAGAAACCUACGGAUGAGGUGGUAGAGCGAACUACUGUUUACGUCCGCCAGAAGAUCCAGCUGGGAACGAGUCGCGUGGCCUCCUAUUCCGUGAGUCAAGCCACCUGUCGCGCAACAGAAGCUGCCAUAAGGACUGCUGAAGUUGCUUGCGAUAGCUUGAGAAUCGACCGAAAGGAAAACUGGCUCGCUUGGAUUAUACCAUCGCCGUUGAAGAAGCUAUUUAACUACACGCUCGGUCCUGCUUUGGCUAAAACGACACGGCAGCUGCGCAACGGACGGCGGACACUGCGAGCUCUGAGGCGUUCUGGCGCGGUUCACACUGCUGUCGAGAACCGCAUCAAACGGCGCAGGAAGGUUUCUCCGCGCAAAACUGCGAAAGACCAGCCCAGUAGUGGUCUGUGGGCGUGGGUGACUAGUUUCUUGGCCGUGUUUGGCUUGGCCUCGAGUCCCGCCCACUACCCCCCGGCGGAGCUCCCGAAGCUCGACCGCGAACUGACCUCCAGCCCCAAGAAGCAGGAGGGGACUACAGAGGACAAAAAGAGGAAGCUGUCUGACGUGGAAACGGAGGAAACCACUUCGGUCGAGGAAAUGAGCCACUUGGACCUCCUUCAAGACAUGGACGACUACCGUUCCGAUGAAGACCCCGAUUACUCGCCAAGCGACACCUCGACCGACAGCCUCGAGUACAGGUCGACGGACCACGAGGAGAGCGAGGCGCCCUUCACCGAGGACGACUUCAAGCGGGAGCCCACGAAGGCCAGCGAAGAACCUCGCUCCUCCGGGGCAGCGGCGCCCCCAGGAGGCGACAGCAGCCAGGUGGCCAAAGUGUCCCUGACGGCGGCCGCAGCGGAGGACAAGCCCGCGGAAGAUGUGGACGAGGUUGGGAAGCCAGCGGAGGUGGAGUAGGGACGAGGAUGUUGGUAUGACGUUUAUAUAUAGGAAGUUUUAUUGUAUUUUUAAAAAUUAAGUUUUCUUCUAUUUAA